AUGCAAGGCAAAUUCAUAUCUCCAUACGAAGAUCUUAUUUUACCUGCAAUACAGAAAGAUUUCCUAAAUAGCUGUUUUGUUAUUUUGGAAGCAUUAAUCAAGAAAGGAACUCAAGAAAACUAUGUGCAACUUUUUGUUUUAUCAUACAACGAUUUCAUGUUGCAUAAUCCCAUGACGAAGAAAAGUGUUUUAAAAAAUAAUCCCCAUCACAAGCAUCAAACAAAAUCUAAAAAAUCUUUCAAAGGCAUAUCAAACAUACAUAACAUGGUACAGAAUGAUGGAAGAAAUCAUCAGGAAUCAUCAUCCGAAGCUUCUGAUUGGUUAUUUUUGGUAUGGAGAAAAACAUCACAGAGUAGGAAGAACAAGGUGAAGCGUAAAACGUGCAAGGGUUCUCAUCUAUUGGAUAAACGUGCUUAUAAGGAGACUUGUGUGCGUGUAAAAACACCGCAAGAGUGGUGA